UUACUGUCUGUCUGACUGCAGUAGGCUAGUUGAGCUCCGGCAGCAGAAAUCCGGUCGGAAAGGAUUCCUUCCAUUUUUACGCGCAACUUUUCCUCCGUCGGCCGCCUCGCCGCGACGUUUCCACCGCUCUCUUUCGACUGUUGUGGAUUUCUAACAACCGCCUCUUGGCUGUUUCUAACGGACAUUCAGCGAGGUGUCAAGCCCGCCCGGAAUCGGAUCUCCUGUCACCGGGGUUGCUUGUUGUCAUUAUCGCACGGAGACGCGCAGCCGGAGCGCUAACAGAAGGGGCUGUGACCAGGACUGGACCAGAGGACAAACACCAGUAUGGCCCCGUGAGGACACCUUCUGUCGAGACUCCUGCCGAAACCAAAACUGAGCACGUGUAGACCAACAGAGUCAAGUGUGGAACACGUCAGUGCUUUGGAUCCCAAUCUGUACUGGUGUCGAGGGCCUUUUCGGAGUUCUUCAGGAGAAGAAAUUAUCAAUGUUUCAGGUCUUUUGGUGAGACAACUGGAUGACUUGGGAAGCUACAGAAAGAGGAAGAAAAAUCACUCAAGGAUUGUUCUGCCUUUAGAUGAACUGGACAGAAAAACAACACACAGCAACAUUAGUGUGUUUACAAAAUGGCUAAAGGAGAGAAACAUUUCUGAUGUUAUCCACUAAGGUUCCCCUUUCAUUUUCACUUCCUGAUACAUGUUUCCAGUCUGGCUUUACAAUCGGUCUAUUUCAGCGAUGGACGGGUACUUCCUUUAUCUGUGAACUUGUCGGCACCCACAAAGGUUCAGCUAUCAUGCCUGGUAGUUUUGGGACCUUGUAACCCUCCAGAACCUACCCUCCCAACUCCCCCACCAUCCCCUUGAUCCUCCCUCUUCUAAUCCGCAGAAGAGCUUCAUGAAAAUGGAGGCUCGUGAAUCAGCGGCCCCUGGGCAGAAGUGCUCAAAUAAAGAACCAGUGAAGGAGAAGAUGCCACUGCAAAGAAAGUGGGUAUCCGAGCCAUCUGCACACACCAAACGAAGCACUUUUGCUGACCCAGAGGCAAAACACCGUGAGAGUUUGCCGUGUGGUGCCACCGGGGGAUCAGCACCCCAGCAGAAGUACGCAUUUACAGGAAAUUCUGGAAAGCUGCUAUCUGGACCCUCUGCAGUUGGGGCCAUAGGUCCACCAUCUCAAGACCCCCAAGGGCCCUUUGCUCAGGGAUUCCCAAGGGGAUACUCCUACCAGCUGGGCCAACCGUACCCUCAGCACCCCCAAACUGAGCGCUUCCACUCAGGAGCCAAACCCCAGCCAGGUCUAGAGCCUCAUGCCUGGCCAUUUGCUGGCCAGUUGCCCUCGGAUGACCUGUACCCUGUAGGACACCCAGGACAUACUCACCCUCACGGGGCUGGGGCAGGGAGGUUUCCCCGCCAGAAAUCUCCCAGUUUACCAAGCUCCUUCGGACAGUAUUCUCAGUCAGGCCCUGAGCCUGGAGAGGAGGGCUACAGCAAAAAAGAGCAGAAACCGAAAAAGCCUGGUAAGUACAUCUGUCACUAUUGUGGUCGUGCUUGCGCCAAGCCCAGCGUCCUGAAGAAGCACAUCCGUUCACAUACUGGAGAAAGGCCAUAUCCUUGUGUACCCUGUGGCUUUUCCUUCAAAACCAAGAGCAACCUUUACAAGCAUCGCAAGUCCCAUGCUCAUGCCAUCAAGGCUGGACUCGUACCAUUUUCAGAGCUAGCUGUGGCCCGCAGUGGGGACAUGGACCAGGCAUCCCCAGUGGGUGAAGCCGAGGUCCACUCAGAUGGAGAGCAGAGUACUGACACAGAUGAGGAAGGUGUGGAGGGCUCCACUAUGCUGACUGACAAAGGCAGCCCUAUCCCACAGAUCUCCUUUGAAGCUGACAAGAAUACAGGUGGUGUGGAACCAGCAUACGCUGACUCAGCUGAAGAGCUGCCUGUGGCGUCUAUGAAAGUGCCUAUCCUUAUUGUCCCCAAACCUGGGGGAGUCCCCUCUACAGGGAUGGAGUGCCCACCCUUUCAGGACAUAAAGCACCACAUGUUGGCAUCACAGCCUGGCGGAAGAGCGCAUUCACUGGAUGAUUCUCCCACCAUCAAACAACGUUUGGCCCUGAGGCUGAAUGAGAAAAGAGGCCAAGACUCUGACUCUGCCAUGUCCCAAUCUCUGAAUCUCCUCAGUCCUCACAGCAAAGGCAGCACAGACUCUGGCUACUUUUCACGCUCUGAGAGUGCAGAACAGCAAGUCAGCCCUCCAAAUACUAAUGUCAAGACGUACGAAGAGAUUAUGUUCGGUCGGACUUGGUACUACCGACCCAAUUCCAGGUCCACAAUCCACAGACAGUCUAUCACGGUGGGCAUGGCAGGGGCAGACCUGGCUUGCUUAAAGCAAUCAGGUGCUAUCCUGGACAUGGCAAAGAUAUCUGAGGAUCAUAUCUGUUUCAGAGGGGAUGUAGGAGUCUCUGGAGAUCCCAAGCAGUAUCCAACAGGACCCUGUCAAAGUAGUACAGGGCUUCUGGAGCCUCCAUCAGAUUCUGGGCCCCUUAUUAGGAGUAACUCCAUGCCAACUUCCUCCCCUCCUAACCUUAGUGUCCCACCAGAGAUUCGAACCAGCCACUCCUUUGAUGAGAUGAUGACAUCAGAUGAUGUGUUUUACCCACCUCGCAGACUCAGAAGACAGGCUGCAUUUGAACAUUCAGCCAAUGAAUCCCAUGUAGGAGAGGCUGAGGGCUAUGGACACAAGAAUUUAGCUUCAUCUCUGGGUAUAAAGAUUAGUGAGCGCAGCCCAGGAGUCCUAGAGCACAUUGCCUACAGCCCAUAUGGUACUAAAGUUAGCAUGUCAGAAAUAGCCACAAGAAAAAGGAGGAAAGAGAAGAGUGUUGGGGAUGAAGAGGACAGCCCUGGGCACUGUGACAGUAGCUGUAGUGGUUCAGUGGAGAUGGCAGGGGACUAUGAGUUUAAACAAGGUAGUCUUGAUGGAUCUAGAGCCACCCCGACAGGGAAGGGUUCUCUUCACAGUGCUCACAGCCAGUCUGACAGCUUUGAUACUUGUGCCAGCAUGUGCUCUGAGGACAUCGCACUGUUUCCUGACUCUGAGGGCAGGAAGGCAGCUGGGAACGUCAUAUCAGUCAUCCAGCACACCAACUCCCUCAGCCGGCCAAAUUCCUUUGAGAAGUCAGAGUCCUUUGAGCAGCUAGGAUAUCAACCUUCAGAUAAAGCUCCAUCUAGCCAGUACUCUGAGCAGUCGGACACAGAGAUCUUUGAAGAUGCUCUGAGUCCUGAAUCUGCCCUACUGAGGACAGAGAGCAUGGAGCAGCAGCUGCAAAGUGACAGCGACGUGGCCUCCCUUUCAUCUUCGUCAGCUGCUGCCUCACCUGGUCAGCCUUAUCACAUCCCACACAAACUAGUACGACAACCGAACAUCCAAGUUCCUGAGAUCAGGGUGACGGAGGAGCCAGACAAGCCUGAGAAAGACACAGAAACUCCAAUGACCAAGGAACCAGAGAAGCAGCAACAGCAUGUGGAGGAGUUCCAGUUGCCACAGAGGAGUGACACACUCUCUCAGAUGCCAUCAGAAAAGCUCCCACCCAAGAAGAAGAGGCUGCGCCUUGCGGACAUGGAGCACUCAUCUGGGGAAUCAAGCUUUGAGUCGACCUGCACCAGCCUUUCUCGCAGCCCCAGUCAGGAAAGCAACCUGUCCCACUCUUCUUCUUUCUCCAUGUCCUUUGACAGAGAUGAAGGCCUCAAGUCUGCCUCACCCACCAAACAGGAUGACUCGUUGGCAUCUGGUGGUGGACCUAAGCAGUCUGAGUUCCUGACGGUGCCUGGCAGUGGUCAUUCCAGCCACCACCAGCAGAGGGAGAUGAGGAGGUCUUCAUCGGAGCAGGCACCAUGCACGCUGCCCACAGAGUUGCCUGAAAUGCGAAGCAAAUCCUUUGACUAUGGAAGUUUGUCCUCCUCCAGACAAGGAGAGAUAUACUCCAGUGCCUCUGCAAUGAAGGAACGCCGGCGUGGAUAUCUUGUCCGACAGGCUUCACUGAGUGUUUAUCCAGAGGCAGUCACCCAGGAACCAGCGGUUGCUGAGAUGUCAAUAAAACAGGAGAGUUUGGAACAUGGGGCAUGGCCUGGCCCAACAGGAUCGCCCCACGGCAGCAGUGAUGUACCGUGUAGAACUAAGAGGGUUGGCAGCAGCAUUGGUGUAGGAUCUCACCAACACCAACAGCACCACCAGCAUCUCCUACAGCAGAGUAUCAGUGAGGAUAGUCUGCAGGACGAACCUCUCUAUGUCAGGUCCCAGCAGCAUCGCUUGCAGGCCCAGGGCUCUUCAUCUGAGGGAGAACAUCCAGGUCAUGAGGUCAUGAACAAGGAGGUAAUCCAGCAGUACCAGAGUGCCCCCCCUUUCCUUUCCUUCCAGCAACCGGGUCUGUUCUGGAGCCAGGAGGCUGGCCAGACACCCAGACAGCAGCUGACCCUCCAGGCCCAGCAGCAACUCCAAAAACUCCACAUCAGAUCACCAGGCAACCUGCCUGGACAUGCACUCCACAAACAACAACCGCUCCACUCCUUGCAGCAAAUCCAUGAUCAACAGUCGUAUGAUGGAAAAUCAGAAAAUCAAAGCUCUCACAUAUACCCUGUCUCUUUCUCAUCUCGCACAUCUCCCCUGUCCCAGCAACAGCAGCAAAACUUUGCCUCUCUCUCCUCCAAGCACUCCCUGCCCAGCUCCACCUCCAGCCCCAUUCUUCUGCAGCAGAUUCAGCCUGUGUUUGCCACCCAGAAUCUGGGCUCCCAAGCCUCCAUGCCCGGUAUGCUGGUUCCUGUGCGGAUCCAUACCCAUGUGCCAUCAUUUGGUAGUGUUAUGUACACCAGUGUUAGCCAACUGAUAGCUACCCAGGGCAGUGGAGCACAAGGGAUAGGCUCAGCCAGACCAGGCAGUGCUGACAACAGCAACAUGUUUCCUCCAGGUGGUGUUGUAAGUGUCAGCAAAGCACCUGGAGGAAUUGGAGGAGGCAUAAGUGGGGCAGGUUUCAACCUAUCACACUUUCUGGGACAGACUGAUGGCGCGGUGCCACGCUACCCACUCUGGAAGGUUCCAGAUUCACUGCCAGAGCAACGCCUGAACACAGGGAUCCCACUGUCACUAACAUCAGGCACCAUAUCCACCACAGAUGCCUCUGGAUCUGGCAUUGGAGGCAGCAAGCGCAUGCUUUCCCCUGCCAGCUCUCUGGAGCUCUUCAUUGAGACUAAACAGCAGAAAAGAGUGAAGGAGGAGAGGAUGUAUGGACAGAUUGUUAAGGAGAUGAGUGCCGUGGAGCUAAGUGGAACUGAAAGCAGAGAGAAGGGGCAGGGUAGAGUUCAGCGAGCUCGGCUGAAGAGCGAAGGCUCCAUGAAUGAUUCUGAAAGGAUGUCCUCCUCUCCUCCUUUAACUGACUUCCCAGUUGCCACCAAGAUUGCCAUUCCUGUCCGCUCCUCUGCCCCCCACCUCCCUGAUGUACCCCGAGUGGAUAGCUUCACACCUCCUCUUCAGAUUGUCACAGACCAUUCCUCAGUUUCGGGUGGCCGGGACUCCCCAGAGGAGCUUGACGUGGACGAUUCAGUCCCAGAGCCCAACGGCAGCCCCCAAUCCAUGGUUUCCUCCAAUGAUGCAGAAGACACUGACGACACAAAGCAGCCUACACCAAGUAAAAUCCCUGUCAGCAUGCUGGUUCAGCAAGCUGCCAACCAAAGCACAGGAUUAUCCGGAGCAGUCGGCCAGACUCUGCUACUCACAGAUGUGGCCGAUGUCCAGCAGUUUUUCCAGUUCCCUAGCCUGCGUACCAUGAGCAGAGUGAGCUGGUGUUUCCUGAACUACACCAAACCCAACAGCACCCAAGCUGCCUUGCAUAGCUCCGUCUACAGCUCAUGGUGUGUAAGCUCAUACAACCCCAAUCCCUUGAACCUCAGCACCAAGUCUGCGCUGGCCCUGCUGAGGUCCAAACAGAGGAGAAACACUGAUUCAAUGUACACAACUGCAGCCAUGUCACCACCCAGCUCUGGGAAACUGGUGUCGUCUGUGGCCUGGAAGCUGAGGUUUGAUCAGUUGAAGCCAGAGCUGAUGCCAGUUGAUGUCAGUAAUUUUGGGAGGAAGAUGAAAGGAGUGGUAUCGUGGGACCGUUCAAAAGAGGAGCAGGUAGAGAAGGAGGUCUCAGUCAAACAGCCUGCCAAUGAACCAACUCGCAUCAAGAUCUUUGAAGGCGGGUACAAAUCCAACGAGGACUAUGUUUACGUUCGUGGUCGUGGUCGAGGGAAAUACAUCUGCGAGGAGUGUGGCAUCCGCUGUAAGAAACCCAGCAUGCUGAAGAAACACAUCCGAACGCAUACCGACGUCCGGCCGUACGUCUGCAAGUUCUGCAACUUUGCCUUCAAAACGAAAGGAAACCUGACGAAGCACAUGAAGUCUAAGGCUCAUAUGAAAAAGUGUCUGGAGUUGGGAGUCUCCAUGUCUUCUGUUGAGGACAAUGAGGCAGAUGAAGGAGAUGUUGGAGAUGAAGGCCAGAGGUCUGAAAAGAUGUCCAGAGGUGCCAUGGCCAACCACCAGUUCUCAGAUGCAGACGACUCUGAUGGUGGAGAGGAAGACGGCGAUGAGGUGGAUGAUGAAGAAGACGAAGAGGAUGACUAUGAUGGCGACUCCACUCCAAAGACCCGUUCACGCUCCACCAGCCCGCAGCCUUACAGCCUGCCCUCCAUGUCAAUCACAGCUGUGGCCUCUUCCCACCCUGCUCCUCACCUUUCUCAUCAUCCAGCGUCUGACCUCCUCGGCAACACCAACAAGCCUCCGCUGUUUGGCUACUUCACCACCGUGCCGAGUAUCCAGAUCACACCGCAGGCUCCGCCCAGUGACCCGGCCGGGAGGGAGCGCAGUCAGGCAGAGUACCAGCGAAGCCUGCAGCGGGCGCUGGGUGGCAAGCUACUGGUUCCACCCUCCUCCUCCAUGGAUGAAGACCUCCCCGUCCCCUCCCCAGACCUCUCCUCCCCCUCCUCCCGCCUGUCCUCGCCCGGGCUGGACCACUCCGGCUGCCCGUCCCCCAUUUCUCCUUCAUCCUCACCUUCAGCCCACCGAUACCUCUCCCCACGCCGCGACCUCUCGCCCCACGCCGGACACCUCUCACCCCGGCGGGACAUCUCUCCUCUGCGUCACAUCUCCCCCAAGAGGGACCUGGGGGUAUCAGGGGGAUACAGACGAGACCUCUCCCCCAGGAGGGGACACCUCUCGCUGCUCUCCCCACUCUCUCGGCCUACGUCUCCAGCAGGGAGAGACUACAAGCGCGACCUUUCACCACGAGGCCGCCACAAAGGGAUGAUCCGGCCUGUUUCUCCUCGCCGAGGGCUCCACCAACACCUCCACCACCAGAGCCAGCAGAGUGGAUUGCGGGGCCUCAGGGCAGGUCACCAGGCCGGGGUGUUGGGUCAGGCAGAGCUGGACCCUCUGGGAUGUCGCAGAGGCAGCGCAGAGAUGGAGACGGAACAUCAUCAGGGUUCAAAGUCCCCAGGGGAACAGGACCAGAGCCGCAGUAACCAGUGCAGCCCACCUCACCAAGUCUUGUUCAGUCACCUUCCUCUCCAUUCUCAACUCCAGGUGCGUUCGCCGUUCCCAAUGAUCCCCAUCGGAGGGAUCCAGAUGGUGCACUCCGUCCCUACGUCCAUCACCACCCCUCUGGCCCAGCAGGGGGCGCAGCAGGUCACAUCCCGCCUGGUGCUGCAGAAGAGUACAUCAGAGGACUCCAACACCAGCGAGUCCACUGGCCCUCAUUUCGCCUCCUUCACUGAGAGGGGAGUUCGAGGAGGAGGAGUAGCAGGAGCAGGUGAGAGGCUGAGGGAGUUGAACUCACCUCAACCCUCAUCGCAGGAGAGGGAAGGAGGAGGAGUGAGGCAUGAGCAGGAAGAGAACAUCCACACCUGCACCAAAGCCAUUGCCUCGCUGUGCAUCGACUCGGAGGAGCUCGCCGAGAGAGGAGGUAGAGGGGAUAAAGGAAAAGAUGGAGGCAGAGCUUCUUCCUCCUCUUCCUCUCCUUCUGCGUUGUCCCCCAACUCCCAGCAACAGCAGCGCUCGCCAUCCAUCUCCAUGUCGCCGCCAUCUCCUCACCCCUCACCAUCUCCUCCACAAGGUCCCGGGAUUCAGCACUUUAGCGGCCUGGAGCUCAGGCCCCCUUACCCAUCAAUCCCCGCCUCCCCUCACUCCUCUUCCUCCUCCUCCUCCUCACAUCCUCCCAGCCCCGCAUCUGAAACCCUCCAGCCUCCAACAGCGUCCAAACCUCUCCAUCUGGAGAGAGAGAGGGAGGUAGAAAGCACAAAAAGAAGCAAAGAUGUGUCGUAGGGCUGCAGAAGAACAAGAGGAGCAGAAACGAUGGACGAUCGUUUUUUUUGUUUGUUUGUUUGUUUUUGGAUAAUAGGAAGGGAUGAAGUGCAACAGAGAGAGAAAAUACUUUUGCACACUUUACACACAUAUUCUUCUACUUCAGUUUAUAUACAUACACACUCUCUCUCUCACACAAACACACACAAACACAAUGCAUACAAAAAUAAACAGCUCUUGUCAAAAAAAAAGACUAAAACACAAAUGGACAGUUUGCAGUUUUAAAGUCUGUGUACAGCAUGCCUGCUCUAACCAGGGCCUGCUCUCAGAAACUUUCUUAUUUAAAGACUUUAAAGAGGAUCUGCAUACGGUUACACAUGUACGUUAACUCCUACCAACACAUGAGCCAGACCAAAAUCUGCUAUAAAAAAAGGACACUGGUUAAGCGGUACUUAAAAAAGAAAAAAAAGGAAAUCAGACAGCUAUGUGUGUGCCUUUUCUUUAAUCUUUUGUUUGUUUGUUUGUUUUGCUUAUAUUCUUAUAAGCAAACAAAACAGGAAGGAGGUAAAUGUAAAUACAAUACUAUCACGUUUUGCGUAUCAGCUUUGUAAUAAAUGCAAACCCCCCUUCCUCCUCCUUCUCCUCCUCCUCCUCCCCCACCUCCUGUGUUUCUUUUGUUCUUUGGACACCUUAAAGUCUCGACAAGCGAUGUGAAGUUAUGAAUAUUACUAUUACGUACGGUUGCACUAAAACAUAUUUUUAUAUGAGUGAAAUUUUAAAAAUGGCUUUUUUUGUGUACAGCAGCAAUUCUAUAAUACUAUUUAUUAUUGUUACCAUGUUUCAUAAAUUGUAAAUUUUUUCUUAAAUGUCGUGGAUGCCUUUUUCUAUGUCAAGCAUGGGGUUUUUUGCUAUCGCUUACAUUAGGGCGAGGAUAUGUACACUGUAAUAUGGCUUUAUAUGUUAGACCUAUUUAUAUACGUCUAAGUGAGCCUCCUCUGCUUGGAGGUAUAUACACAUAGAAGUAAGAUUUACCAGAAUAUUUACCCAGCAUAUGAAUACAUACAGUAUAUAAAAUCUAUCAACCUGUCUGUCUGUCUGUCUGUCUGUCUAUCUAUCUAUCCGCACUUAACAUUUAGAAUGACAUCCACAUUAAGGUUACGGUAGUUUGCUUGUACAUUUUCUCUGCUGCUCUUAGCCUGUCCCUGGUUGUGAUUUUUCUUGUUUUGUUUUGGUUUUUUUUUACAUACUUUCGUGGUAUUAUUUCUUGUUUUGAUUUUUAUGAGGCAUAGAUUUGCUCUUAGCAUUAAGUGAAUGAACAUGCCUUCUUGCACCGUGGCAUUCUGCUUAACUGUUGUUAAUUUUAAAGCCCACCGCACACACAGACACACACGCACACACACACACACACUCCUCCCCAACAGCGCCUCCAUCAGCGUUUGAGACAAAUAUUGAAGGAGGUAGCUCCACAUUAUGAAAAACAACUUUGCUUGAAUGAAUACAGUUUUAUUUGUCGGAUACCUGAACGGGGAAAACAUUCCAGUCCAUGUAAAUAUUCAGUCAACUCCCCUAAACACACAUAUACAUUUUCUUUUUUUUGGCAUUGACGCACACGUGGCCAUGGCAAUCAACCCACGAAACUCUUAUUUAAUGGUUUUACUUCUGGGGACACUUACACAAACACAUACACCAAACUCUCUGACAAAUGCACCUUAUAUUUCUUAGGAUCUCUGCUAUGAAAGUCCCAGCACUCUAGUCAGUUUCUUUUUUGCUGCAAACAUUGAUUGAAAUGGAAAGUGUUUAGGAGGAGAACUGCUCUGCGCUCUGAACCCCAAAAUUGUCUGGAAAAAAAUGAUAAUAAUAAUAAUAAUACAGUUAACAGGCGUGAUAUUGAGGCUUUCUGCACUGCUUUUUUGACCCUUCUGUGACCCCUCUUCCUCUCCUGGAUACUCUUUGUGUAGCUAAGCAAUAUUUAGCCAAAACUCUGCUCACCAGCAGGGAGUGUAUUUGUUGCAAGGCAACAAUUAGUGUACUUAAAAAUCCUAAAACCAGGAGAAGAAGGAUGCAGUUGGGGGUUGUGGUGAUUUCAGUGGCACAACUCUUUUCUCUUUUGACAGUUUUUGGGUGGAGUCGGGCAGGCUGCAAUGUGAGUGUGUAUCUCUGUAUUCUGUAUCGGUGUGUAUUCGACCAGUAUAUCCUCUUCUUACGACUUUUUUCUAUUUCGAUCCUCCCUCUGUUAUGUACACUUAUCAUGACGACAAUGAUGUCUUUAAAAAAAAAAAAAUCUCUUUCUCUCUUUCAAAGAUAUCAAAGCACAAGUCAUUGUUUAGAAAUGACAACAAUACAAAAAAAAAAGGACAAAAAAAAGGUAAACGUGCAUAUAAAAGGGUAACGUUUGUGAUGGUGUUCUGUGGAAUUAAUACAAAUAUCAUGUAUGAACCCAGUUGCAACAAGGAAUCGCAGUAGAAGUGGGAAAAAAUGGAUUGUUGUUUUCAAAUAAAUAUGAAUAGUAUAA